AUGGCUCACCAUGGCCAUUGGCGCAAUUCCCGGAUCAGCAGGCUUCUCAGAGCCAAGCACCGCCUGGAAGCGAUCGAGCAAGCCGCGAUGGACGACGACAGUACUCUAUUAACCGAGGAUCAACUUUUGGCUACAUCAGACGUCUUCAAUCCCGACUGCGACCCGUUACAAAAUACCUGUCUUCAAGGAGCGUCUGAAGUUGAACCGCAUCUGUCAAAACGUCAAGCGACCCAAAACGUGGUCGUGGAAACGGUCAUCCAAGUGGUGGAUACCAACUCUCAGACUCUUUGGCAGUCCGUAGGAGUGGAUUUUCCAAUGACUAUUUCCGAUCCUGCUUUCGGCGCUGUUACCCUCUCGGCUGGCGAGACUGCAUUCUCAUCCGAGCCACCAAAGAUUGCGACCUCUCCAACAGCUCUGCCGACAAUACAGUCCGCGAAUUCCACAAUCGAGGCUACUAGUCCCACGAGCAAGCAGACCGCAACCGUCUUUUCGCCAAAGGCAUCAUCCGCCAUCAGCUCCACGCCUCACACCUCAAUUCCUCUGAUCUCCACAUCAACGUCAACAUCAUCACCUACUACGUCUUUUAUUCCGACGAGUAUUGAUUCUACGUCAAACGAAAUCUCGAAAUGGCCCGGUGAAUCUAGUCCCUCCAGCUCUACUUCAUCGAACUGGUACGGUGGCUCUGAAUUUACUGGCACUGGUUCCAGCAGCGGACCAGCUGCAACGACUAGUAACACCGAGUCCGCGUCGGAAUCAGGAUCGGGGUUAGGAUCAGGAGCUAUUGAUCCCACCACCUCGAAAAUUGUCGGUGGUGUCGUGGGAAGUGUGGCUGGUGUUGCUCUUCUUCUCCUGUUGGUCCUCUUCUUCUUUCGUCGACGAAGUCUACAGCAGAAAGGUACUCAGGCCUUGCCUGCUGCGGCUGACUCUGGACCGCGGGAAGUGGCCGAACGACGAACUAGUAAAGAUCCCCUCUUUGGUUCAUCUUACCUUGCACCUGCUUUCAUGAAGCGCUGGCGUCAGUCGACCAUGACGACAAAGACGGACACCAGUACUAUUUCUUCCAACCCCAGUGAACGAGGCUUCCAAAAGAUCUCGGGACGCAAGAUUCCACCAGUCCUUACUCAUGGAGGCGAUGGCUUUGGCGGUGGGCUUGAUGGUGAUUCUCCAACCAUCCCUGAAUUUCUCGGUGGUUUAUCGCCUUCAUCUCCUGGCGGUCCGCUUUCUUCGCCCUCCCACGCACCACCUACCGCAACACCCUUUGGUAUGCCGCUUGAUACCAACUACACCCGAGAAGCAGAAGAGAAUACCACACCGACUCGACCCCGCCAGGUUCACCUCCCGGUUUCGAGCUCGGUGACCUAUGGUUCUCCGACAACCAUCACUCCAUCGCAUCCGAUUGCCCAGCCCCAGAGUGCGAUGCCAGUGUCUCCGCCUCGGAAAGAUGGCCUGGGACGCAGUCUUCCAAGCUUCGAUGGAAGCCGUGACAGUCGCGGUAGUCGCUUCACGGAAAGUCUGGACUUGUGA